UUAAUUGCCUUGGUGGUGGCUGACGCUGAUCAUAGCCUGAUACUGGUUUUACCAACCCCCAGCCCCAUGAAAAGCAACAGCGCCGGUGUGAGCUCGGAUAGGAUAAGUACCCAUGGCCUCAAAAAAGGCCCAUGGACGGCUGCCGAAGAUGCCAUCUUGAUGGAGUAUGUGAAGAUGCACGGAGAAGGAAAUUGGAAUGCUGUGCAGAAGAAUUCCGGGUUGAUGAGGUGUGGAAAGAGUUGUAGGUUGAGAUGGGCUAAUCAUUUGAGGCCUAAUCUCAAGAAAGGUUCCUUUUCUCCUGAAGAAGAGAGGAUCAUCAUCGAACUUCACGCUAAACUUGGCAACAAAUGGGCUCGUAUGGCCGCUCAGUUACCUGGCAGAACUGACAAUGAGAUCAAGAAUUACUGGAAUACAAGAUUGAAGAGACGCCAAAGAGCCGGGCUACCGGUUUACCCUCAACAAGUAGCAGAAGAAGUGGCUGGAUUUCUUCUCCAACAACAACAACAACAACAUAUUCAACAAUAUCAAGGAAUUAGCUCUUCUUCAUUAUCAUCUAAUUUCCUUUCCUCUUCUCAGGGUAAAAGGCACGAUUAUAUUUCAUCUCUCUCCUUGUUAGAUUCCAUGAAUUCCUCAUCAGCUGGACAGCAUCAAGCCAUCCCUUCAUUUUACUCCAACAUUUAUGCUGGCAGCUGUAGCAAUAACAUUGGUUUUGCUCUUCCCCCUAGUUCUCCAUUUGUAUCUUCAUCCUCAAAUUUGUAUAACCAAAACAUAACUGCCCAAUUGCCAGCGCCAUCAUUCCAGUUCAAUUCCGGAAGUUUUGAGCACUCUUUAAGCUUUAGCUCAUUGCUAAUGGGAGCUCAAACUCAGCCAAUCGACUUUGUUCCAGAUCCAGGGUUGAAAGCGGAGCUUGCUUCAUCCCAAACACUACCACAACGAACAAGUACUCCUACUUCUUCUUACGCAAGCAGUGGUGGUGUUUGUCGGUUUACAUCUUCAGACAACACAAACAAUUACUGUGAACCCGAGGGCAGUAGUGGCUUGUUGGAUGCUCUCUUGGUGGAGUCUCGGGCCUUGUCUCGCAAUGAGAGAAACAAAGAUGGUGAAGAAUUUCCACAAGUCAUUGAUAAGGGCAAAGGCAUUAUGGAUGCAGCUAAUGUGGAGAAGGAAGGGGAAGAUAACGGCAGUAAGUGCGAUGUUGAAAAGUGGUGGGAUGAUUUUAGCCUUUCUCAGUCGUCGAUAGGGAUGAUACAACCAAGUGAUGAAAGCAAAGAAGAGAUGAAUUCCAUGGAUGAUGACUUGCUUAGCUUACUCAACAGUUUCCCCUCAUCGAUGCCACUGCCGGAGUGGCACAUCAAGACCACUCGUAUGUCUAAUGGGUCAUCGCCCGGUGGCAUGACAGACGGUAAUACGGCUCUUGACUAUGAACAAAACAUUUCACCAGCACCCGCUGCAACGGCUAACCUUGAUCGCGCCUUCGGUUCUUGCUGUUGGAAAAAUAUGCCUGGCAUUUGUUAAAUUGACUAGCAUGUAUAUAUCAAAGGAAUUUGGGACUGGAACUUUUACUUAAAACGACUAGAAAGUUUG